AUGUACCGCAAGCUGUCCGUGUUCACCUUGGCCAUCGCUGCCCUUUUUCAUGGUGCCGCUGCGUUUGCCCCUGCGGCAAAGCCAACUCAGAUCUCGUCGACGACAGCGCUCAACAUGGCAAACGAUGACGAUCUCUUGCGCUGGGCCAGAUCAAGUCGAAAUGCUGGCGCAGACGACACUGUCGUCGAGUUGGUCCGUCCGCUGGGAGUGAUCCUGGCUGAGGAUGGCCGUGGAAAUGUCUAUGUGGAGACUGUUGCACCAAAUGGAAAUGCCGCUAGGACCGGAAAGGUGAAGGAAGGUGAUAUUGUGACGAUGUGUUCGGCAACUUUUGGAGAUGACAUGUGGAGUACCCGAGGAGUUGGUCUGACGCGUGUACUUGCAGCCAUCCGUGUCCGUGCUGGAUCCACAGUCAAGUUGGUGCUCGAAUCUGCAGACAAAUACCAGAAAAAGGCAGCUUUGACCACCAAACAACUGCAGGCACAGGAAGAAGCCCGGUUGGCUGCCCAAGCAAAGAAGGAUCGUCUCUUGGUAGAAUUGGAAAAAGACGAGAAGAAACUGAAGAAGGGAAAGUUUUUGGGUUUGUUCUAA